CCGCGCUAAAGCACUUUGCAGUCAUGGAUCGUGAAUGAGAAAGAUGAUCAUGUUAAUUUUACAGUUCCAAAACCUUUUCUAUAGCAGCUUUCAGCAAAAGCAUUUUCGAAAAUACAGAGUAGCUUGUACAACAGGCAUUGUUGGUAAACUUCCUUGUUCCAUAUUGGAGUGGCUGAUAUUGGGCAUUUUUAAUGUAGCAUUCAGCAUCAGUCAAUGUGAAAUAUUGUUGCGUCAUCUGGUAGAGAGAAACCGAAGCUCUAACUGCCACUCCAGUGGUGCCUUUGAUUAGGCCUAACCACAUUAGAACAAACAACUGGUUUCCGAAACAGGUUGCAAGUCAUUGUUGAUGUAUUAUCCCUGCAACAAGAUAAGAAUGAGUAAAAGAAAACUAAAUAACAUUGAUUGCCAGUGCAAAGAAAAAUUAGUAGCAAUGAUAAAUUCAACUUAGAACGUGACAUGGUGGCACCCUUGCUGCCACCGUGUCAUCAGACAAGCUGUGUGAAACGCUGAAAGUCCACAACAGUAAAUUCAGAAAGACAAUGUGUGACGCAUCAAGUUCUUUCUAUUGCAUUCUUUGCAAGCACAAUUAAAUCCAGUACUAUUAUAUACUGCAUGAAACAGUUUUGCUUAUGCUAUACUAAAACUGUCUGUCGAUGAGCUUGUAGUGAAGGUGCCACUAUUAAGCUCAAGCCUCGUUGCUUUCCAACAUGACUCAUUAGGUGUGAGGGCAGCUCAUGUUCAGCAGUACGACUAUAAGAACUGUAGAACACAUUGUGUCAAAUCACUAAAGUUAGGUGUAGUAAUAGCACUGCCCCUGGUUUUGUAAUACCGUAAAGGCUGGAAUCAGCCAUGCAUUGCAGUGUGCCUCUGGGACAGUUGGGAGCUGCUCUGUCUUUGUUCUUGGUGCUUUUUUCUGUGCCGAAGUUUUUGUGAGAAAGCCAGGUGUAAGCUGGUCUCCCAGCUAAAACACUGCUUCACUUGCAAUCAAAAUUUGUUAAGAGGUGGUGUUUCGUGGUGCAUUUUGUUUGGUACCCUGCUUUGGGGCAGAACUUGCCUAUUAUUGCUUCUAUCAGAAUAACUUCAGAAGUAUGCGUUGCCUGUCCCCGUUACGAGACACAGUGCGUGCCGUGUCUUGACCUGAAUUUUACGGGCACAUUUACUUACAAUUACUUUUUUGCUUUCUUAUCACCGCUUUCGAAUUUCAUCUGAACGAAUAAACUGAGGCAAGCACUGCAGCCAAAAAUGGUACUGCAGUCAAACUUCAAAUGAAUUAUCCAGGUGAACGAAGUACGUGUAAAAGUUAGUUGUUCUUUAUUUCAUUUAUUAUUCUGCUGCUAUACUGAAAAUGCUGCAUCCAUUGGUUAUAGCAAAGGAAAUUAUUGUUUGCAUGGGACUCAAGAUACUAUGCAAACCAGCAUCAAAAAGCUUAAACGUUUGCGAAACAAAGUUUUAAAUGCGCUCCUCUGUAUUUUUAAGUCAUCAGGUGGGGAAAAUAUGUAUUUGGUCACUGGUGCCAUCAAUGAACAGCAGACAAGAGCUUCUCUUGGCCCAGUUUGGCUUGCUUGGUUUGCUGUACAGCUGUGGUUAGUCAUUGUUUUCUGUGGAAAUCGCUCAUAUAUUUCUAAAAUACUGUUGCACAUUGCUAGUGAAUUUGUUAGCAUCAUUCUUUAAUAAUCAAUAUUGGAUACAACGAUACAAACUAAAUUUUGAUCCAAAUGUGAUGUGGUUAUAUCUAGGCCCAACUGCAUUGAACAAAAUGCACCGAGAAAACUUCCUCUGUGCAAAUCUUGAUCACAGACAAGCCAGUGGUGGGUUAGCUGUAAGAACGUUUCACACCAGUCUCAUUCACGCAACUAUCAGUAGGUGCAGCCUGAUAAACAGUCAGCAGAACUGCCCCGCCCAUGUUCCAGCGUCACGCACAUCAUGGCUCACAGUUGUGCUACAAAGCUUCAUCGAGACGCCAACAAACGUUGCUGCUGAACUCCUUUACAAGAGCCGGGGCAGUAAUACGACUCGGCACGUGUCUUGUACGGAGGGAAGGAAUGGCCCCCAGCGAGGGUCUACUCAAGGCUUAACGUUUCGACAAAUGAAACGAUUGUGGAAAAAAAAAAAUUAAGGUGAGGCAUUUUACUGCAAGUGUACUGCUAUGAUUCACUAAAGGCUUGCCCGUACCUGCUAAAACAUAUACAAUGGUGAAUGUAAUACUAGGCUGGCAUGACGCUGAUCUGAUGUACAGUCUGUGUACUCUGCAAGCAUUGCUUCAAUUUCGCCUUUGUAAGAAUGCUAUUUUCGUUGGGUCACUUUGGGUCGAGCUACGCCGGCGGUCAUUGUCCCAAGCCGGAUUGCGGCAGCUUCAGCAAAGCGCAGUUUUAGUAGCCAACGAGAGGCUCAAAGAAUCGCGUUUCCACAAACCGUCGGACAAGCAUGUAGCCAAGCAGUCCUUUAUAUUUUUUUUUGUUCAAAGACUAACCUUGUGCGGUCAAAACGCUGUCUGUUAAUUCUCUUGGGCCGAGACAGCGGUUGGGAAAAACUUUGAGCAAAAGGAUUCGAGUGUAUGCGUGCGUGUGACUGGUGUGUUCAUGUCCGUGGCUUCAUUGCCCCUUAAAAAAAGUACAAGUGUUGCUCCUCCUUGUAUGUUAUAUAUAAGUUGAUAUCAAAUUGUGUGUUUUCAUUAAUGUAUUGCAUUGCGUAAACUUUUUAAAUCAUGACAACUUUGUUUAGACAAGGGAAGAGUAUGCUUUUUAUAUAUAUAUUGCGGUCUUUUUUCAUUUUUUGACAACUGUGUCAGGACGUGAUCCCAGUAGAAACUAUAUUGUGUCAUUUUUCUUACUUUGUUUGUUUGUGUUGAAGGCAUAUUUUUCAUUGACACGUACCUCGAUUAUGCUUGUUUUGUCAUUCUCUGUGCCGAUGACUUUUCUGUUACGAUACUGUACAUGUAUUUAAUUUUGUGUUUUGAAAGACUGCAGUGCCAACUCGAUUUCAACACGGCAGGCAUCAUGGGGAGGCAAGACAAAACAGCUGCUCGAGAUAGUUGGUUUGCUUUUCUCCCAAUGCAGGCACACAUUUGAAAACAAAAAUCUAGGUUUAACUUGGUUCAUUCUUCGUUGUCUUCAAAACGCGAGUGAGCCGGGGAAAACCUGCGUCUACGGGUAGCGACAAACUUGAUCGCAGUUUUCUUUUUUGUUUUUAGAUUUCGUUUCUCUCUCAUCUUGUGUUCCGUCUUCCUCUCUUCUUCCUUACUUGUCAGUUUCCAAUUGGUAUUUUAGUGUUUGUAUCAUCGCUGCCUUCAGAGAUGGCAUUGGUUUUGUACAGCGGUUUAUCAUCCCCAUUGGCGAAACGAUUCACAAUGCGGCAAGAGGCUGAAUCAGUGCAUGUCACAAAAGUGCGCACAACCAGAGCCGAAGCACAUUUCGUCUGCCGAUGGCACCAGACGGAGGUGGAAUGCUGAUGUCACCAAUGUCUGUGGACGUAGGAAUCACUUGCUCACUCUGGUUCAUGAUUAAUAGGAAAAAAUAUAUAUAUAUAUGUAAUGCUGUAAAAUGCACAGGUGCUGCAAUUUAGUUGUUUGUCAUGUGGUACAAGGACUCUGGAAGGCAGCUUUUACAGAGCAUCCAAGUAUACUUGGAAGCUUUGUGUGAAAAUGUGAGGUCCUUUGGCAGUGCAAAUUGAACGUUCCUAGUGAACUGGGCUUGUGUUGUUAACAGGACUCCACUUCUAGGACAGACAUUCAGGGAAAGGAGUUCGCUUCUGGGGGUACAAAGACAAAAAGAAAAAAAAGGACAUAUUUGCCCAUCACUGCCAACAUUCCUGUGUGUACAAACUACCUGUACUUUUUAGUUUUAUGGUGAAGUCAUUGUGUGUGCUACUUAAAACAUUGGCAAAAGAUGGUUGAAGAUUAAAACAAUAAAUACUGCUGAAACAGAUGCCCGAGCUCAGCUGCACAAAGUAUCUAAGCAACUCGUAAAGCCAUGACAAAGUGUCACUAGAAUGGACAAAGUAAUUAGCCGCUACAGCACAUUAGAGUGUUCAGCCUUAAUCUUUUGGGGAAAUCGGUCUUGUCACAUCUUUGCUGUGGUGCGAUUUAAGGGAGGGAGGGGGGGGGGGGGGAACAUGAAACAUUUAGUUUAAAAUGCAUUGCGAGUGCAGCAUGAGAUGCCUCAAAUUUUUUGCAGUGCUCCAAGCAGCAUUGCAAUGCUUUUCUCACAAAGCUACUCGGCCAAGGCCCAUUUAGGUUAGGGACGUUAGACACCACUAGUCUAACUUGCAUUUUCUGAAGGCGCUAACUUUUAUAAUGGUCACAAAGUUAAGUGGUAUAAGAAGACUUGUUGCCAUAGUGCAUCUUAUUAUUUUACAAAUUCUUAAUUGUUGCAGUUAGUAACGAAAUGUGUUGUACCUUUUUAGGUAACGCUCAUCUUGCAAUCACUACAAUUGGGCUGGCUGCGUUUUUUUGAUGCUAAAGCGUCAAAUGGCUCAUUGAGCGAAAGAGAAGGCAUCUGUCUGUAGCUACGAAACGCCACGUAAAUUCCCAUUGGCUGCGACACCACGUCACGAGCACGCGUCAACUGAGCGGAGCGGAGCAGAGCGGGUGAAAGGGAGCACUUACUGCUGCGAUAGCAUGCCAGGUGUUGCGUGAAGGGAGAGGGUAUCGUCGCGACACCACGUCGCCCUUGCACUCGCUCUCGGAAGCCUGUGUUAUCCUCGCAUUCCGUGCGCGCUCCAACUUCGCCUUGGUAAGGUCAAAUAAAAACCCGCCAAGCGUCUGAACGUGCUCGCUUGCCCACAAGGAGUUCAUAACUCGAAGGACCGGUCAGUGGCGUUCAAUUGGACAUUAACGCUUUCGCAUUCACAACUCUCAAGUGCUUAGGUGUCCGUAGAUUUUUUAUUAUUGUGAUGUUGCGAUAAUCCAUUCAUUGGUAAACAUAAUGUGAGAACUGCUUAUCUAUUUGGACCAUUUUGUAAGCCCCAAGUCAGUUGCAAGGAGGCCUAGUAGAAUAAGUGAAGUCUAAGGGGUGCAAUUAGUGCGACUUGGAAACAGGAGGAACAGAGCGUGCUUGAAGUCAAGUGUAACAUUCUGUGUUGCAGCUGUUGGCAACUCCUUUUGCAGAGUGUUGCGUAAAGAUCAAGCGUGCACUCAACAAGCAGAAAUGACGGUGACCUUCUGACGACAACUUGUAACGAGGGGUGGGGGAAUGUAGUAUGACUGAUCUGGAGGUUCAUGUGGAUCGGGCAGUAGUUGCUUCCUUAAAAAUGGUGGCUGCAUUUUGGUUGGCAGGCAACACCAGAAUGUCACAUGGGCUCUUGUGCCGUUUGUAGUAGUCUGGGAAACGACAGUAUGGGGCAGGUUCUUUCCAGGUAAUGUUGCGCAUAAGAAUAGUUACAUUUCAGUCACUGAAAACAAGGAAGACCCACUGGUGUAAAUUGAAGCGAGCGAGCAACUAAAGGUUUUGGUGAUAAUUGAACAACACAUUUAUCAGAAAAGUUAACAUAGUUCUAUGCAUUAGGGCUUGGUAGUUGACUCGUUAAAGGGACACCAAAGGCAAAGUGAUCGAUUAGUGAUCGAUAAUCUCUGACGUGCCAAUAUUAUUGUGAACAGAGCCUUAGUAAUCGAUAAAUUGAGGUAAAUGCAGGACACGAUUAGAGACUCCCCCAGGACAUUCAAGUACUUGCUUGAUGACAAAGACACUCCUUAUUAAAUUUGGUCACCAGCACUCGACCACUCAUUAUAAAAACAUCAUUGUAUUGCACUAUAAGACGAAAGAAAAUGCUACUUGUCCAGUUCUUUUUCAUUUUUAGAAAAAAACUCAUUGACGUUAACAACGACGUGGGCGGUCGAAAGCUUUCAUUUUCACUACACUCUGCUCUGCCCGCGCUUUUGCAUUUCAGUAGUUUCGUUAUUGCAUAGUGCUGCACUGUAUUUGCUGGCUCGCAAAUCUCUCACAAACUGCAGUAGCAGAGAAUACUACUUCCAUGGGAUGUAGUGGUAUGCCCGAACGGUGCACGCCACUUGUCCAAAAGCAGCUGCAACGGCGAAUCCAUCGCUCUGUCUUGGCUCAGUUUCUGCGUGGCCGUGCAGUUGCAUUUUGUGCAAAAAAAAAAAUAUUUACUCGUCUGUUGGGCGUUGUUUUACUCACAGACGGCAGCAAAGGGCGGUGAUGGCGUAGGUAACAUCACCACUCCCCGGUUGGGUGGCGGGAGAUUGGAAUUGCGAUAAAGGUAUUCGGACCCUUCAGAUACAAUUUUCUCGUAAACUAAGUCAUUUCUUGGCACAAAACAAGCGUUACGAGGUUUCUGGAAUGGUAUUUAAACAGUCCACAUUGGACUUAGUAUUUGCUUUUUGAGUCCCCUUAAUAGAUGAAUACCCAAGAAAUAUGCUUUAAUUGGCAAUGUCUAUGAUAAGCUGCAAAGACCGUGUAGUUGCUUGGUCAGAAACAAUUUAAUCUACUGCUGGCCAUAGCGUGCAUUACUCUUAAAUGGGAGUAGAGUUGGUGAUCUGAACAUAUUGGUAGACGAUUGCGUUACAGCUCACUUUGAGUGUUGUGCAGCUGGGCUUUAAUGCACUGUGCAGCUUUUUUUUUUUUUUUUUCUUUUUCGUUUUUUCUCUCGCUAUAGUCAUUCCCUCAAAACUGAACACACCUCAUUUUGCUAACUUCCUGUGGCAGUCAAACUGCCUGCAGCCCUGUGUGCACUUUUCUCUGAACCCAGCAUUAUGUCAAAAAGAACCCUCUGCUGUUUCCGAAUGUGCCAAAUGGAACAUUGUUUCCCCCUUCCCCCCCCCCCCCCCUUUUUUUUUUUUGUUGACCAUGGCAUCGUCUCUCGAAGCCCGACGGGUAUCCUCAUUGGGCAAGCUGUAAAAAAGUAAACAUGGUGGUCGUGCAACGGGAUGUUGAACCACAGUUCCUAUUUUGAUGGUUUCGCCGUUCUCCCCCAUGGCCCCAUAUUUCUCUUCCUUUUGUUCAUGUAUGGCCAUCACAUUUGUGUUUAUGUCCCGUGUUAGACAACCGGUAGCGCCCUCUUGUGACUGGAGACGGCGUGAUUGUGGUGGUUGGAAUCUUGCAGCUCUUCUUUGCUAAUUGGGAGAGAGAAAAAAAAGUGUGUGAAUGCAUGUCCUUAAUUGUUUUCAAGCACUGCAACACAAGCCAGUGUUUGUCGAUCACUACUUAAGAGAUUGAGUGCGUGGCCUGGAUGAGUGAUUGGAGUGUGUGGUAUUACAUCUCGUGAUGGGAUAAAAAACAACUGGAGUCAAGCAUCACGACAAAAGGCAGCCGCUUCUGGUGACUGGAAAGACUUUUGCUCACCGCAUUCUUUCGCGUGCAACGUCUGAGGAUGAUGUCCAGCGUCAAGCGGAGGACUAGAGAUGUGGUAGAGAUGUGUUGUUCUCUGUGGUUUUUCUGGAGGGGGAAUGUCUGCACUUUGAUGAGCAUACUAGAGUGACAAGUUGGAAACCACUUUGUGUGAGAUUCCAUUCUAUUUUUCUUUUGGUUCCCUCCUUGGUUUUCAGUGUACAUAUUACAGGCUGAACAGAGACUGUCUGUGGACUACAAAUUAGUCGCCGUCUUUUUGCGGAGAGAGACAGAAGAAAAAAAAAGUGUUAGACGUCAGCCUGUUUCUUCCAUGUUGCGGCAGCUCAAGUACAAAUUAUUUCCUGGCUGUAGAUAUGCAUACCGAUGCUCUCUUUGUGCUCUUCGAAGGCAAGUUCUGCAUAGAUCAUUAAAACAGCUCUGGAAGAAAUGACUUACACGAGUCCUGGCGUCCUUCGUUAAGAUCAGGUCUCUCAGUGAAACCCGUGCCCUGUCGUAAUAGGAAAAUAGUGCAGGUGUUUGUUUUGUGCGCGUGCAUAUAUAUGUGAAUAUAAAGGGGGUGUCCAGGCAACAUUGUGUUCUCUGUUACCUGUCCCUGUGAAUGGUGUCUUCAUGUGUGUCGCUAUACAGGAGCCGACGGGAAGGCUCGCUUUCUUGUAUUUUUUUUUCCCCCUUUUUUUUUUUCUUGUCGGGAAUUGUCGCAACAAUGUUUUAUGCGAACGAAAUCGAAAAGGCAAAACACUUGUAGAUGAAAAACCAGGUUACGAUAAGUGCCUUUUCUGUUCUUUUGUUAAAAGUUGUGUUCCACUGGGCAGUGCACCAUUGUGCUUGAAAGGGGGAAAAAACAAACAAACAAAAAGCUCUAGGAUGGCACCAGAGUCCACUUCCCGGCACAAGGGAAGGAGGUGAUUAGCUAGACUGGAGAGAGGACAUUUCUUGAGAGAGGCUAGUUCGGCACUGCUCCUAGAACACUCGCAAAGCAAAAUGCUUUGUAAUCAUCGCUCUAGAAACGCAAAAUUUUAUUUUUAAUACUGUAGAUUUUUGUAAGUCUUGUGAUUGACAUCUGUAGAGGCGCGCAUUAUCUUAGGUGAGAGCAUAUAGGUUUGUCUGUGUUGGUAGUGUGCUUAACUUGUCGUGUUUUUCCUUCCAAUUGUCCCAUCUUGUUGCAUAGGGCUUUUUUCUUUGGUGAGGCUUUGUCACUGAACGGUUGAGUGAUGUACACUAGAAGUGGGAGUUUAGUGCCAUGGAUUCCCAGACACCCAAAGUAAACUAUACAGCAAAAUGGGCAUCUCUGUGGCUUUGUUUCGGCCUUUCGCCGACUGACAAAAGCCUCACUAGUGAAGCUGCUCAGGGAUCCAAUUGGCCCAGUUUGCACUUUAGAUAGGCCUGUGAACAACUCGCCUGCAUGCCAUGCUGUAUGCUCAAACAAGUUAUAGAGUAAGGCAUUGGCUUGGGCUAGUUGUAUAGGUUCCGUGCUAAGAACAGCUAAUAAAACACAGGACAAGUGAGGAGAUGAUGCAAGCAUUGUUGCAUCUUGUGGCGCGUCUUGGCAUUUUGCACUGUUUUCUGUAUGGGAUGUGUACACUGUUUCCCAAUUGCCAGCAGCUGUUUUAUGUCCCGUUUUGUCAGAUCUGAGGCCAUAUUCUCAAUCAGUCACUUUUGGGGAUGUCACCGUUAUUAAAUGGUGGUCUUACCCAAGCAUUAUAGAUACCGUCCGGUGGAGGGCUUCGCAUUAAUUUCAACCACCCGAGGUGCUUGGCACACAACCGUAAUUGCAUUCCACCCCGAUCAUAAUGCAGCUGCCGUAACGGGGAUUUGAGCCUGCAACUUCAUGCUUCGCAGUGGAGCCUCACUGAAGCACUGUAACUGGUGGACAUUUCUUCCAGAGCCCUUUACUAGGUGUGACAUUACAAGAGCUUGAAGGUAUCCCCAGUGGUGAUCAAUUGAGAAUUGGCUUGUAUGUAAAUUGCACAUCGGAGAGGCCUGUGGUUUUGUGAACUCAUUCACGUCGAGGUGAAUGAAGUGUGGAAAGAGUUGGAGGUUGUGCUUGGCAAUUUAAAAGACCUUUAGUUAGUGCAGGGCAAUCCACAUUCCCACAAUGCAGCAAGGCACACAUUCUCAUUCACCUCUGGUAAACCUGUUGUACUUUGGUGUCUGGCAAUUCCCCUGCACACGAAAUGGGACACCAUCGUAGUGUGAGCGACAACAACCCACACCGGGAUGCUUUGUCGUUACGAGUGGAGAGUUUUGACUUGUACACGUAGAGCAGGUUGCUUUGGGAUGCAUGUAAUCUAGCGUAUUGUGACUUAUUUACGGAAUAGAUUCUUUUUUCCUGCUGUUGUGAGAAAGGGUGCCAGUUUUGGCUUUCCCCUCUGUAGUUCUGUUGAGGUGUGCGUGAGUUACUGCAGUGUUCUUUGCCUCGGGCUCUUAUGUCUGCCUGUGGCAGUGAGUGUUCAAAGCUUUUAACACCUGCCCAUGCACCCCUUAAUGGCCAAGGCUUCUCACACUUGAAACUUGGUUUGCCUGGUCGUAGUUGCCAGCGAGGCCAGCCUUGCUGUUGAGAACUGCUGUGGUUGCUGCUGCUGCUGCUUCAACUGUCGAUCAUUUGAACAGUAGUGCCUCGUCCCAUAAAAAUGCCAGGAUGGCCCUUCGAGCAUGCGUCUCGAAGUAAACAAAAACCAGAAGGUGCUGCUACAAACAUACCACAUUGCAGUGUACAGAUUUCACUCAUUUACAUGUGCUCAUUCAUCACAUUUCCCUGUUGUACAUUGCCUCCUACAUUCUCCUUCCUCUAUGGCCUUUGUUUUCCUUUCCUUUUUUUUUUUGUUGUUGCUGCAUACUGUGUUUAAUCUGUUUAAAGACCAAAAUAAUUUGCAUGCUUUGUCUAUUUGCCCGAGCAGAUUUACAAUAAAAAAAAAAGAA